AAGAUGAAAAAGAAACUGAACAUUGGAUGCUACCUCUCAUAUCUCUCUAUCUUUUGUAUCUUCAAGUGUAUAUUCAUAUUCACUAUAACUAAGUUCAACUUUCAUGACAUGUUAUUUUAUUUUCUCUAAACAAAUUCUCUCUCAAAAAAAAAAAAAAAUGGCCACUCCUCUCAUUUUCUACCUUCUACUUGUUUCCUUCACAAGUUUUUCUUUUGUUUCUUCACUUCAACUUUCUUUGAAAAAUCAAGCUUCAAUCUUAGUUUCAAUGAAACAGGAUUUUGAACCUUCUUCUAACACUUCUUUAAGUAGUUGGAACAUGUCUAAUUACAUGUCACUUUGUACUUGGUAUGGAAUUCAAUGUGACCAUACCAUUACCAACAUGUCUAUAGUUUCACUUGAUAUUUCAAAUUUGAACAUUUCAGGUUCAUUUUCACCUCAAAUCACAAAACUCUACAAUCUUGUAAAUGUUUCGAUCCAAGGAAAUAGCUUCUAUGGUGAGUUUCCAACUGAAAUUCACAAGCUACAAAGAUUGAAAUGCCUCAACAUAUCGAACAAUAUGUUUAGUGGAAACUUGAGUUGGGAAUUCAACAAAUUGAAAGAGCUUGAAGUGUUGGAUAUUUACAACAACGGUUUUAACGGUUCGCUUCCUCGUGGUGUUACUCAAGUUUCAAGUCUCAAGCAUCUGAAUUUUGGAGGGAAUUACUUUUCUGGAAAAAUUCCUACAAGUUAUGGAGAAAUGAAACAGCUUAAUUUUUUGUCUCUUGCUGGAAAUGAUUUGAGUGGUUUUUUACCUAGUGAGCUUGGAAAUUUGACUAGUUUGGAAAAUCUUUAUUUAGGUUAUUUCAAUCAAUUUGAUGGUGGAGUUCCAAAAGAGUUUGGUAAGUUGAUUAAUUUGGUUCAUUUAGACCUAGCAAGUUGUUUCUUGAAAGGUUCAAUUCCACUUGAGUUAGGUCAACUUAACAAGCUAGAUACACUUUUCUUGCAAAAAAAUCAACUCACUGGUUUUAUUCCACCUGAAUUAGGUAAUUUGAGUAGAUUGAAUGCUCUUGAUUUAUCACUCAAUAACCUAACAGGAGGAAUUCCGAACGAAUUCUCGAAUCUUCGAGAACUUUCUCUUUUGAACUUGUUUAUCAAUAAAUUUCACAGCGAAAUUCCUGAUUUCAUUUCCGAGCUUCCUAAAUUGGAAGUUCUUAAGCUUUGGAGGAAUAACUUUACUGGCGUUAUUCCUUCGAAGCUAGGUCAAAAUGGAAGAUUAACUGAGGUUGAUUUAUCGACAAAUAAACUCACUGGAAUAUUGCCAAAAUCACUUUGCUUUGGGAAGAGACUAAAGAUUUUGAUCUUGCUUAACAACUUUUUGUUUGGUUCUUUACCUAAUGAUCUUGGUCAAUGCUACACACUCCAAAGAGUUAGAAUUGGUCAAAACUAUUUCACUGGUUCAAUUCCACAUGGUUUUCUUUACUUACCAAAUCUAUCUCUUUUGGAACUACAAAACAAUUAUCUCAGUGGUGUGAUUCCACAACAAACACAUAAAAACAAAACCUCCAAAUUAGAACAGUGUAAUCUAUCAAACAAUAGGUUAUCAGGUUCUUUACCAACCUCAAUUGGAAAUUUUCCAAAUUUGCAAACUCUUCAACUUAGUGGAAACAGAUUCUCAGGCCAAAUUCCAUCAGAUAUAGGAAAACUCAAAAAAAUUCUCAAAUUAGAUAUAAGCAGUAACAACUUUUCAGGUACUAUUCCAAGUGAAAUAGGUAAAUGUACCUUACUAACUUAUUUGGAUUUGAGCCAAAACCAAUUUUCAGGUCCUAUUCCAAUUCAACUUGCUCAAAUUCAUAUACUAAACCAUCUUAAUGUUUCAUGGAAUCACUUAAACCAAAGCAUUCCUAAAGAGCUAGGAGCCUUAAAGGGCUUAACUUCAGCAGAUUUCUCUCAUAAUAACUUCUCCGGUUCGAUACCAGAAGGAGGACAAUUUUCAACUUUUAAGGCAAAUUCCUUUGAAGGUAAUCCUCAACUAUGUGGUUAUGUGUUGGUUGAGUUCAAUCCAUGCAAAGUUUCUUCAACAGAUGAAUUAGAAUCUCAACAGAAGAACGGUUCGAGAAACGGUUUCCCUGGAAAGUUUAAGUUGCUUUUCGCGUUGGCGUUAUUGUUAUGUUCGUUGGUUUUUGUAACUUUAGCUAUCAUGAAGAGUAGAAAAUCAAGGAGGAAUCAUUCAAGUUCAUGGAAAUUAACAGCAUUUCAGAAGAUGGAAUAUGGAAGUGAAGAAAUCAUAGGUUGCAUAAAGGAAAGCAAUGUGAUAGGAAGAGGUGGAGCAGGUGUUGUGUACAAAGGAACAAUGCCAAAUGGAGAUGAAAUUGCUGUGAAGAAAUUGUUAGGAAUCAACAAAGGAAAUUCUUCUUCUCAUGCCGAUAACGGCUUUUCAGCAGAAAUUAAGACAUUAGGUAGAAUCAGACACAGGUAUAUUGUUAGGUUGGUUGCAUUUUGUACAAACAAAGAAACAAAUUUGCUUGUUUAUGAUUACAUGGAAAAUGGUAGCCUUGGUGAAGUUUUGCAUGGAAAAAGAGGUGAGUUUUUGAAAUGGAAUGUUAGGUUGAAAAUUGCUGUUGAAGCUGCUAAAGGACUUUGUUAUUUGCAUCAUGAUUGUUCACCUUUGAUCAUUCAUAGAGAUGUUAAGUCAAAUAAUAUAUUGUUGAACUCUGAAUUUGAGGCUCAUGUUGCUGAUUUUGGACUUGCUAAGUUCUUGCAAGAUAAUGGGAAUUCAGAAUGCAUGUCUUCUAUUGCUGGUUCUUAUGGAUAUAUUGCUCCAGAAUAUGCAUACACAUUGAAAGUUGAUGAGAAAAGUGAUGUGUAUAGUUUUGGAGUUGUGCUGCUAGAACUCAUCACAGGGAAAAGGCCAGUGGGGGAUUUUGAGGAAGAAGGUUUAGACAUUGUUCAAUGGACCAAAAUGAAAACUAAUUGGAACAAAGAUAUGGUGAUGAAGAUCCUUGAUGAGAGGCUACCUCAAAUUCCUUUACAUGAAGCAAAACAAGUGUUUUUUGUGGCAAUGUUAUGUGUUCAUGAACAUAGUGUGGAGAGACCAACCAUGAGGGAAGUGGUUGAGAUGCUUGCACAAGCAAAGUAACAAUACAUAUUUCAAAUGCAGUGAUUUUUAUUUUUUUGUGUGUGUUGCGUAUAUUAUGCGCUUAAUUACAGAGACUAAUAUCCUGAAUCGGAAAGUACCGGUUUAAAUAGAGUGAUCUAGAAAAGGAAGAAAAAAAGGGCACGUUAAAAGAAGGGUCGAAGUCUAUUACUUUUAUAUACUACUAUACAUAGCUUUGUGUUUAUGUUUUGGGUUGGUUAAUUAAAAGAUAUUAAUAUUUCCAAAUUAGUUUGUCAUCAA